AUGACAGGGCCACCCAAAGUAGUUGGCCCUGCAACUAAGACAGCGACUCGCCCCGCCAAUCUGCUGCCCCAGUGGCUCAUAGACGGUGCUCAUAUCGAUAAGCGAGAGUCAUUCGAUGCCAAGAAACACCUUAACUUCGAACCACCAAGCAGAAUCUACACGAUGACAGAGAUCGGGCUCGAGGGCCAGGGUAUCUCGCCGCAUGCCGUGUCUGAACCCUUUCCACUAUUCACUGAAGACUCCGUCACGCAAAUGAGAGCGGAAAUAUUUAGCCGCCAGGUUCUCGAUCACUGCCAAUUUGCAUCGACCUUCAAUAAGAACAUGAUUCGGGGCAUGGGCCCUGGGCGGGCCCCAUUCACCUAUAGUGCGUGGAACUCACCGGAGCUCCUAGUUAAGAUCUCCCAGGUAGCCGGGAUUAAUUUGGUCCCUGUGUUUGAUCAUGAUAUUGCCACCAUCAACAUUUCGAUUGGUUCGGGAAGCUUAGAUUUGACGUCGUCUCUAGAAGAGUCGUCUGACGAAAACCUGCCGAGUGUAGCGUGGCACUACGACAGCUUUCCAUUUGUGUGCGUGACUAUGCUCUCCAACUGCGAGGGCAUGAUUGGAGGGGAGACGGUGCUGAGGACGGGAACCGGGGAAGUGAUGAAAGUCCGUGGACCGGCUAUGGCAAGUUUCCUGAUACCUGAUGCCACUCGUAUCAUCUUGUGCCCAGUCAUUAACUCAGGACAGGGAACCGCGGUGGUAAUGCAGGGGAGGUAUAUCGAGCACCAGGCCCUCCAGGCGUUAGGCGGUCGUGAACGAAUCAGCAUGGUUACUGCCUUUCGACCCAAGUCGCCAUUUGUCAAGGAUGAGUCGAUUCUAACGGGGGUUCGGGGGAUCAGCGUUCUGCCAGACCUUUAUAGCCAGUAUACCGAGUACCGCCUAGAGAUUUUGGAGGAGCGCAUUCGUGCCCGCUUGGAAACCGAACGCCAGCGUGAAGUGGCCAAGCGAAGAUUCGAUACCUCCGAUGCGAGAAGCUGGCUGAUUGAGCAAAAGGAGUUCAUCGAGGCCAUGCUUACGGAGCUCUAUGAGGUUUGA